UUGUUUUGGAAGUACAAGUCUAACUUAGCUUUAAUUCGGUCCAGGUCGUCCGGUAGACCCUCUAAGUGACGGUGUGUGUCAAACUGAUUUCAAGGCUCUUUUCCUGGGAAAAUAAACCAGCAACAUUCACAAGUGGACCAGCUUCGUUUUCAAAAUCAUGUCGGACUUGAGGGACAGCCUGGUGAACGGCAAGAUGGAUGGUGGUUUAGACGCAGACAGUGAACUUGCAGAGGCCAAGAGAGAGCUGGAGACAUGGAAGACAAAAGUGGAGAAAGCUGAUGAUGUGAAAGCGCGGGUGCUUUUGGAAAAACUUGCCGAGGAUGAAUCCAAGAUGAAGGCCCAAAAGGACAUGACUGCUAUUUGCAAAAAACAAGAGCAAUGCCAGCAAGAUUUCCGUAAAACCAUGGAGGCAAUUAAGCAUGAGAUUGUCGGCCUCGAGACAGGUAACCAGGUUUUGAUGGAAAAACUGAAGAGAUACCAGGAUGAACUAGAAUCUAAAGGAGCUGAGUCAGCUCACCUUAAGAAAAAAUUUAAGAUUGAUGCCCAAAUCCUGGACACAGAGGUCAAUUUCACCGGUCCGGAGAAAGAUGAGAAUGAGGACAGUGGACUGCAAAUCAAAGGAGUGUUCACCAUCAGUCAGAGACCUGUUGUGCUGCUCCAGGGAGGACAGGCACUCAUCACAUUUGAAGAAGAAAAAGUGGCUUCUCAGAUUUUGAGAAUGGCCAAGUGCUCUGUGACUUGUGAAAAAAACACUUUGGAUGUGAAACCAAAAAGGCUGACUUUGGAUCCCUCUGCCAAGUUUGAGGUCCACCUCAGUGUCUCUAAGAAGGAUCUCAAGUUCUUCCAUCUGCCACCUUCCAUGCCAGAGGAGCGAAUGAGGGACCGUGUGGAGAUAAGCUUCUCCAGGCCCAGCAGAGGGGGAGGAGAGGUGGAGAAAGUUGACUAUGACAAGAAGACUGGCACCGGCCAAAUCACCUUCCUUCACACUGGAGUUGCUGAGAACCUGGCUGUGAGAGGGAAGUACCUGGUGGAUCUGGACUCUGAAGUGAAUGUGAAAGUUGGCCCUGUUUACAGCUACCAGCUGCAGAAGUUUCAGACCUUCUGUGGUGCUCCAAAGCGCACCAUCCUCCUGGAUGACAUUGAGGACAUGGGAGAUGAGGAAGACCUGCAGGACCACCUGGAAAUCCACUUCCAGAAGCCUAGCAACUACGGCGGUGAGAUAGAGAGCAUCAAGUACAUCUCCACCGGGAGGAGACUCCAGGCUUUCUUCUGUGAGGACACAGCUGAGAUGGAGGCUUAAGAUAGAAGGUGGCUUUUUAACUAACAUGAUAAACAGCUCCUCUUCAUGUAUCCAUAAUAUCUGAGGCUGCCCUCCUGGUGUUAUUCUUUCCCCACCCGCAUUCCAGGAAGACCUGCCCCUACUAUCGCUCUGAUUAGCUAGUACUCAAUGCCACUCCUUGUCUUAGUUGGGAAGGUGAGGGUGGGGUGGGGGUGGGGCAGGGAGGGGGGUUAUGACACCCACUAAGGAGACUGGAAACGUGCCAUUUCAUUGUCACAGCUUGGUUAGGGAUAGAGUGAAGUUAGGAUUAGGGUCAGUCAGAGGCAGAGUACACAAUCCGGAUGGGAAAAAAACAGGCCCCUCUGUAUUGACAAAAAUAGAAGAAAAUAUUUUUAGUAUGCUUUAGUAUAGUAGCUUUUAUUAUGCAUAAUCUACAAAAUCUAUAUACUUCACUUAUCUGCCUAUCUUUUCCCAAAGUAAGCAGUCAUGUUUUAGAACUCCAAUAUUAUUUCUCCUCCCUUUUAUCCAGCCAUUGUUUUCCAUUCAUUCCCCUAUGAUAUGAAAAUGGACCUUCAGAGACUCCAA